AUGUCGGCCCAGGAACAAGUCACCCUAAACAACUUCGACUCCAUCUUCUCUCUCGACGGCAAAGUCGCCGUCGUGACCGGUGGUUCCCGCGGACUCGGUCUACACGCCGCCAGCGGUCUUCUCCAGGCCGGCUGCUCCAAGGUCUACAUCACCUCGCGCAAAGCCGAUGCCUGCGAAGAGGCGGUCGCCGCCCUCAAUGCGCUCCCCAACAAGCGCCCCGGCGCAAAGGCCAUCUCGGUGCCCGCCGACAACGCGCGCAUGGAGGACCUCGACCGCCUCGUCGAGGAGGUGAAGAAAACGACAGACCACGUCGACAUUCUCUUCGCCAACGCCGGCGCCACCUGGGGCGAGAAGUUUGACACGUACCCGGAGAAAAUGUUCUCCAAGGUGAUGGAUCUGAAUGUGAAGAGUGUUUUUUAUCUCGUGCAGAAGUAUGUCCUCACUUCCGGAAGUUGA